CCACGCGUCGCGGGCGCGGGCCCGAGUACGUGUCUGAGGGGGAGGCGGCGGUGGCGGCGGGGCCGGUGCGGAGUAGCCGCGGGGAGCGGGAUCGGCUCCAGCACCAACACCGGAGCGGUUUUAAUUAGACUUCGGUCGGCCCGGGUUUUAUCGGGAGCGGAUUUUAAAAGCGCCUCUCGUCCCUCUCCCUCUGCGGACGGGGCACCAUGUCGGAAACAGAGCAGCAGCUGGCGGCCGGCGCCACCCAGAACGGGCACGAAGCGGCCGAGAGCGCUGGGGAGCAGCAGGCCGAGACCGGCGGGGCUCCGGCAGCGGCGGCGGCGGGAGCGGCGGGAGCAGCGGCGGCGGCGGGAGCCGGCCCAGCAGCGGGAACAGCGGGCACGGCCGCCAGCCAGAAUGGGGCCGAGGGCGACCAGAUCAACGCCAGCAAGAACGAGGAGGACGCGGGGAAGAUGUUUGUUGGUGGCCUCAGUUGGGAUACGAGCAAAAAAGACUUGAAAGAUUACUUCACCAAAUUUGGUGAGGUAACCGACUGUACGAUAAAGAUGGACCCUAACACAGGAAGAUCCAGAGGCUUUGGAUUUAUUCUCUUCAAAGAACCUGGGAGUGUUGAAAAGGUUCUGGAACAGAAAGAACACAGAUUAGAUGGACGACUAAUUGAUCCCAAGAAGGCCAUGGCAAUGAAAAAGGAUCCAGUGAAGAAAAUAUUUGUUGGUGGACUAAACCCAGAAGCCACAGAAGAGAAAAUCAGGGAAUACUUUGGAGAGUUUGGAGAGAUUGAAGCAAUUGAACUGCCAAUGGAUCCAAAGACCAACAAAAGGAGGGGGUUUGUGUUCAUCACUUUCAAGGAAGAGGAUCCAGUCAAGAAGGUUUUGGAGAAGAAAUUCCAUAACGUCAGUGGAAGCAAGUGUGAGAUUAAGGUAGCACAGCCGAAAGAAGUGUACCAGCAGCAACAGUUCAGUAGUGGUGGAGGAAGAGGUAGCUAUGGAGGAAGAGGCAGAGGUGGAAGAGGCGGCGCUCAAAGUCAAAAUUGGAAUCAAGGUUAUGGCAAUUACUGGAACCAGGGUUAUGGGAAUCAAGGAUACGGCUAUCAGCAAGGUUAUGGUGGCUAUGGAGGCUAUGAUUAUUCAGGAUAUGGGUAUUAUGGAUAUGGACCAGGCUAUGAUUACAGUCAAGGCAGUGCAAAUUAUGGGAAGACACCAAGACGUGGUGGUCAUCAGAAUAACUACAAGCCAUAUUGAUCAAACUUAUUCAGGCCUGGCAGUGGUCACAGUUGAUGCCUACAAGCACUGGAUAUUCCACAAGUUGAAGACGGAAUACUGACUUGUUUACCUGAAGAUAAUAGGACUUCGGGGUAUUUCCUCAGAGAAAAUAUAAAUUUUAAUAUAAUUUCAUAAGCUUUGGAGGUUAGCUUGUCUUGUAGCUUCAGUGAUAUCAAACUUCUUCAAGUAGGAGCUAGAUAGAAAGCUGUUUAGUUUUUGCCAGCGUAUGUAAAACAAGACUUUUCUAUCUGCAUUGUAGAUUGUUUGUGGACACUUCCAGAUUCUUGUGCUUUCUGCAGUCAUUCUGGGGACUGAACUCUCAUUGAUAUUGAAAGAAGUUCCAUGAACACGACAUGUGCAGGAAUUUGAGUGUAGAAGCCCACAGCAUGAUUUGGAAUAGUGAACUGAUUUUAGUUUGGAGAUGACUGGGGGAGAUGGGAAGAGCAACUGUACAUUAAGGGAACAAUUACAGAUCUUCCUGGUAACAUCAAUGAGAGAUUUGCCUUCAACCUUUCACAGAAAAUUUUUUAGCUUUAAUUUGGGAUAUUAAAGGGGUUUUUCAAAAGCACUAAAGGCCAGUGGAAGCUUGUAAGCUGCUCCUUAUGCCUUUAAAAACCCCUACACCAAAAGUGAUAGCUGAGAACCUGAAAUGGAAGUAAAUAAAAUGCAUUUUCAUUGCUGUUUUGAGUUACAUAAUUGUUGUUUCUUGAUUUGUUAGUUGAUCUGAAUUUAACACGGAUUUAAUCUGUAUGGUGACCAAGGAAACGGUGAGUAACUGGCAGAGAUGCCAAGUACAGCCACAAAGCCAGUGAUGUGUAGGUGUAGCCCCUGAGCAGCCAACAACAGGUAACAAAUCCACUGCCUACAGCCCUGAGGCUGUGUCACCUCUCCCGAGCUUGGUGGCCAUUUCAGCACUGACCAGCACAGAGCACAGGCUCCCCCUUUCUCUGGGGAUAAGCUCAAGGACACCCAAAGCCUGGUCACAGAUGAGAACUCACAGACACCAGACAUCACCCUGCCUGUGUGGAGCACAAAGCACAUUCCCACUGUUCUUCAGAAUAUCAGAGCAAGACCUCCAGCACUAGGUCAGCCUGUACAGGGCAGGUUGCACCUGGAUGGUCACAUCCCUCUCUCAAUCCCUCUCUGGCAGUAGCUGCAGUAAGAGUGGCAGUGAAGCAAGGAUUUUAACAGAGGUUUUGGAUCUACUCAGUGCACCAAAACUGCCCCCCUUCUGUAUUCUCUAAGAUCAAGGCCACAAAGAGCCAUAAUACCAUGUUUGAUACUAUGGUCAGGCUCUUAAUUUCACCUAAAACUCCUAUGCAGAACCCAGCAACUUGUAUUGAGCGAAGUAUUUCCUCCAGACAUGAUCUGUUAAAUCAAAAUGGCAUUAAGGUGAUGGCAAUUAUAUCACUGGUCUGGUUAGGAUUAACCAGUUUUACCAAUAAAAAUCCACAGCUUA